GACCCACCUCCAGCUCCUGAGGGGGCCUGCAUUUCCUAUACUACUUUGAGACGCUGUGCCUUUUGGGAAAUGAAGUCUUUUGGUUAUUUAUUUUAUUUUUUAUUUUUUUGAAGAGCACACUGCUCACCUGGACACAGGCCCUCGCAUCUCGAAGGAUCGAGGUGUUCGGAGACCCAAGAUCCUGUAUGUGGAGCCGGAAUUUCAGGGUGGGACCCUCCUGAUGUGGAGCGAAGCUUUGGGGAUCUCAGUGGACUACAUGCUACAAACUCUUGGAGUCCUCAGGCUCGUACUCCUGUCAUAACCUACCUGGGGUGGGCCUUAUUUUGAAUAGAGAGGAUGUGGGGGCUCCCGGCGUCCCGACUGUUGGAUCUGGGGAUACACUGAGGGAAGAGUGUUGAUGAGGGUGUCUAGGGUUCAAAGGUCAGAGAUCAGGCUUGCGAGGAGUUGGGGAGGGGGCGUCGAAAGUCAACCGGGUCAGCGACGGACUACUCAGGGAAGAUAUUUAUGGGUAAGGAGCUUGAGGAAAGAGACAUGUAACCGGCUCGGCAGACUUUUUAAGAUACGGACUGUAACUCCAAGCUCGGCAACAAGCAGCAAGAGGACGAAUGUAGUCUCUCGAGAGUCGGGAGACUGAAAAGAGACGAGAGAAGAGAAAACGAAUUAUCUGAAUAUCCAUUCUUUGGCUUCGGCCGUCACUGUUACUUAGCUGGGCUUCCCACAGUUGUGACCCUAGGUCUUGCCAGUGAGGAGAUGGCUUCUCCCUCUAGACAGCCUCCUCUCGGGGGGUCAGGGCUGCUGCGUGGGAGCCGUGCUCGUUCUUAUGGAAGCCUGGUACAAUCAUCCUGCUCCCCAGUGAGGGAAAGACGCCUUGAGCAUCAGUUGGAGCCUGGAGACACCCUGGCUGGAUUAGCACUCAAAUACGGGGUGACGAUGGAACAGAUUAAGCGCACAAACCGCCUUUAUACUAACGACUCCAUCUUCCUGAAGAAAACGCUCUACAUCCCCAUCCUGACAGAGCCCAGAGACCUAUUUAAUGGUCUGGAUUCUGAGGAGGAAAACGAUGGAGAGGAAGAGGUACGCCCGAGUAAGGAUGCGAUUGGUUCACCUUCAGGAAAGAGGAAGAGUCCAGGGUCAGGUCGGCCCAAUGGCACAGGCCUCCCACCUCACCAGGAAACCUCCACACCCAGCCAUGACCUUUCUGCCUCUGAUUUCCUUAAGAAGCUCGACUCACAGAUCAGCCUGUCAAAGAAGGCGGCUGCCCAGAAGCUGAGGAAAGGGGAAAGUGGGGUACCUGAGGAGGAUGCAGGUCUCUACCCUAGCUCCCCUCGGAUGCAGCAGCGAGCAGUCCUCGGCCCUGUGCCACUCACCCGGACGUCCCGGACUCAGACACUGCGGGACCAGGAAGAUGAAAUCUUCAAGCUCUGAUGUCCCCAGAACUGAUGAGUGAAGCAGGAUGUUGAAGGCACAGCACGAGGGGGAGAGGAGUCUGAGGUGAGGCUCAAGAGCAGAGCUUCUCAGCCUGCCUCACACCUCUCCAGCCAUCUCGCCCAGCCUCUUUGCCACGGUUUCCUCAGCUGGGGACACUUACUGGCAAGCGUGGGGCAUGGGGGCAGGCCUCUUCCCAGUUCUUGGGCUGAACCUAGAGUUAGCCUUUAGAUUCAAAGGCUCUUUUACACCUUAGAGCAGGGAAGCAGAGGCCCCUCCCAUCUCCAAUGAUCUUACCUAAUUUAUUUGGUGCUAUAUUGAAGUAAUAUUUAUUUGCUAUAUCUAACUCCUUUCUCCUCUUAACUGAGAAAAGGGGGCGGGGGAAUUUCCAUAUCCCUGAAGAUAUGGAAGUGGAGGUGGCUGGCUGCUCGCCUCUCCCACCGUCCUAGCGAAGCAUGUUACUGAGGCCAGAGAAUCAGUGAAGCUCACCAUGGAGAAUGGCAGGCUGCACUGAGUCUUUUCCCACUCCCAAGGUCAAGGGUAGGGGUUCAGUUGUAGCUAAGAAUUCCCUACAACUCUGAGAGAAGGCAAUGGGUAGGGUACUGACUGAGCACCCUUUUGCCCACUGCUCUCCCCAUCGCGUGGUGGGGCUAAGGAGUAGAAGAUGCUUUGGGGUCCAAGGAGGACAGUUACCGAAGUGUCUGUGUCACACACCCUCGCCCGCCUAUGCCUGGCUCCUCGCUUCAUAUUUAUCUGUAACCUGGAGCUGAUCUGCAGUACAGUUUGUCUUUGUUCCUUUAGUGAAGAAAGAGGCGUGGCGGCUCAGUAGUACUGGGAGUCUGUCUCCUGUUCAGGAGUGGGGAUAAGUGUUGUUUCUAGACCUCUCCUCUAUGUUUAGCCUGAGUAUGGAGCUCGAGAGAUUAAACAGUGAGCCCUGUG